GCUGCGCGGGUCACGCUGGCCGUCUACCUGGUGCAGUACGCGCUGCUCGCUCGGCGAAACUGUACAAGGGCGCCGCCGCCGCGGUCGGAUGAACUGUUGCAGGGAAAUGACACCCUGUUGGCCUGGGUGCUGUCUCUGAACAGCUGGAGGAGCCAGUGGCAGAAAGCUUGGAUAACAGCCCUAAACGCAGAAGCCAAAGUCAGAGGGGAUUCAUUGUUGCUUACAUUUGAAGAAGACACAACUCCUCAGCCACUGGAGCUAGUAGUUAGACGAGUUGUAAGUGUUGUGAAGUCAGCCUGGGAAAAGGUGGUUUCUUGUAAUGUAGUGGGAGACUCCAUUCAAUUUAUUGUUCAUGUGUCACAUACUUCACCUCCUACUACAGAAUGUCAGUCAUAUGCUGUGAAACUCUCUCCACUUCACUUGCAGCUGGAACUGUAUAUGAAAGAGAAAGGAGACGACAUUCAAGUUGUGUGGUCCUUCCUGAAUGUCCCUGAAACUAAUAUUAAAAUCCAGCCUAUAGCAGUACAGGAGAGCCAUAUGGAAGAAACAUGUGCAAUAUCUGAGUCAUUCAGAGACGUUUUCCAGAAUCUCAUUAGUUUAGUUUCACCAUCUGUAAUCCUGAGUACAAAACCUACAGAUUUAUUAAAAGAGGUACAGACUGUACAAAAUGUAGGAACUCUCCCGCAGGGCACCAGUCCUCCAAAACCUCCAAGGGCUCACGAAUGGAAACUCCUAGUGAAAAACAUUGUAGCCACGCUGACUGAUCACAGUGCUGCAGGCAGCAUAAAUUCAGUGUGUAUAAUUCAGUUGAAUGAUCCUCAGCAGAAGUUUUCCAGCUCUGUAGCCAAACACUUCUCAUGGAAAGAGAAGUUCAUCUUUGAAUUAAAUGCAAAAUCAAAAGAAUUACAACUGCAUAUCUUGGAAGAUGGGAAAUUGGAUAGUUCUUUUUCAGCAUGGGCAAUUGUACCUUUAGACUUGUUCAAGAAACAGCCUUCUGGACAACAAAGCUUUGCGCUGAACAGCAAGCCCAGCUGUCAUAGCGCUGUGGUAGGAUCUGUCACUGCAGAGUUCUCUUACAUAGAACCUAAUGAGUCAAAAUCCUGGCAAGUUCCCACUCAGCUUCCUGCCGCAAAGAUAGAAAAGGAUCGAACUGUAAUGCCUUGUGGGACUGUAGUUACUACUGUCACUGCUGUGAAAACCAAACCUCGACUCGAAGGGAAACAUUCUGCACUGAGCCCAGAUUCUCCUGUGAAAACUCCUACUAAAGUGAAGGUGAUUGAAAAGGAUUUCUCAGUGCAAGCAAUUCAUUGUCAAGGUGCUCCAGUCAGCAAAGUGUUAUCCUCUUCAGAUACAGAGCUGCUGGUGUUGAAUGGCACUGACCCAGUCGCUGAAGUAGCCAUUCGACAGCUCAGUGAGUCUGCAAAGCAGACACUGAAGUCUCCAAGAAAGAAGAGCACCAUUAUCAUAUCUGGGGUGUCCAAGACCUCCUUAUCUCAGGACAGUGAAGCCACACUGAUGAUGGACUAUGCAGCAGCCAUGGAUGGCUCAUGUAAAGAAGGCAGCCUAUUCACUGUGGGGGAUUUUACCACAGAAGUCCCCUCCAACAAAGAACUACCAUCAGCUGCUUCACAAAUGCUGCCUGCCACUGACCCACAGGAAGAUAGCCAUAAUACGUGGGACUUGAAUAACAGCAGCCAACAAUGGCACAGCAAUGUACUUUCAGACCAGAACUGUGAAGAGAUGUCCGGGAGUUCAUUAAGUGUCUUGGAAUCUGGGAAUGUGAAAAAAUCUAAAGGUGGAACUUUGAAAAAAAGUGCAAAGCUGUUUUUCCGGCGACGGCAUCAUCAGAAGGAUCCAGGAAUGAGCCAGUCGCACAAUGACCUUGUUUACCUGCAGCAGCCAGCGUCGGAUGAAACCAGAAGGAAGGGAGCAACGCUAACACGCAUGCUUCACAAGAAAAUUCUUUUUAAGAACAAAAGCAAGAACAAACUGAAUGGCACUUCCAUAGAGCCAUGUGUGGAAAAGCCUAAUGCUCUCUAAAUUGCACAUCAAUUGAUCAGCUGUUUACAGAACAAUGCUAUAAGAUGUAAACACAGAUUGACUGGCAUAAAAUGAUAUUUACAAAUGCAGUGCUUCUGGAGUGAGCAGACAAAACUUGGCUUUUAUUUUUCCAAAACACUUUAAAAAAGUAAAGCCUUUAAGCAAAAAGGGAUUUCCCCCCCCAGCCUUCCCCAAGCAUAAAUAGUGUUGAUAAUAUGAUGACAGCCUGUUCUUUCCUCUACCUACAAUCCAAGUUCAGUCCUGAUUUGUAGCUUUGACUCUAUCAUUUCUAGCGAUAAACUUUUUUUGAGAAGGUGGAUUGGACGGUAAAGUGGUAUAACUGGGGAGGUUCUUUCAAUAAAAAAAAAAGUUUAGAAUUUUAAUCUAGUUCACAUUUAACCUAGCCAACCUGACUUCUUGAUUUCUAGAUAGAUGACUGGGCCACUGUAAAGAGGUAAUGGGCCACUGUGGCUUGUGUUUCUGUAAAAUGACACUGAAUAGUAGCAAUGCUGAUCUCAACCUGAGUUUCUAGUUAGGCUGAAAGUAGAAGCCAAGAUAUGGUGCUUGUUAUAAUUUGGAAACCAGAUUGUUUCUGGGAAAGGAAAUUAAAUGCUGAUCAAGACAACCUGCUGUAGUAACUGCUAAAUCAGCAUAGGUAGAUAUUUGCCUUUGAUGUUAGCCUUGAUAAUUGAGCAUUAUGCAAAUACUUAUUUGAGAAUAUUUAAUUUCUCUGCAUAUAUUAUGCUAAAAACUUUUUCACCUGUGUUUACUUUGUUUCCAUUUGCAAACAUAUUAAAAAGGUCUCAACAUUACCUUAUUUCCCCACUAUAUGAGAAGCUAUAAAUGCUAAUGCAACAGUUUUAUCUUGGGGACUGUAGUGUGUUAGUAAUCCUAUUAAAAGCAAAGUUUUAGGAGCAAUAAAUAUUAUGUAGAUCAUGUUUAACCCUAUUUAGAUUUGUAUUAGUUCCUGGUCUGAUUUUGCCAGUUACCAGUAGCCUGGAAAAGAGAAUUUUUGAGAAGUUUCUCUUUCCUCUCAUUCAGUUACAAGUUUUGCCAUAUGUAUGGAGAGAGGGGUUUGUUCAGGUUUUGUGUAUGUGUUUUUGAACUAUAUUGUAGUUACCUCUUUUUUUUUCUUUAAAAUCUGAUAUAAGAGAAAAUGUAGUUCUCACUUAAACUGUCUAAGUAGUGAGGACUGAAACUUCAGUAUUUAUAUGCAUUUCACAGAUUACAGAUAUAUGCCAGUUUACACAUUUCUUUGCCAUAUAUGCAUUCUUGGUUGAGAACAUAAGACUCAACCCUGCCGUUUUUACCCAGGCAAAACUUCCUUUGCACCAAUAUCACCACUGAUCUAAACUGAUGCAAUUCUAUUGAAAUGAGCCGAAUUAUGCGUUCUUCUGUCACUGGUGAACUUACCGCAAAGAUUUCAAUGCAAUGUUUGACUGAGUAAGGAUGGCAUUAUUGGGCCUUAGACUAAAAGGCAUAUUUUCCAAAAAGGAAACUGUUGAAUAACUGAUAUAAUAGCUUUCAGUUUUUUCGGUAGAUUCCAGAUUCCUUAAUAAAUAUGUAUUAAAGGGUGUAAAACAUUGGGAGAGAAUCUUUAGCAAAAAAUGAAAUGUUCAAAGGAAUAACCACCAGAUGCUUUUAACUGAGCCUCUAGUUCCAAAUAUAUUUUAUUUGGUCUAGUGAUAGCACUGUGGCAGUACUGACAGACAUACAUUUUAAAAAAAAGUAAUAUCAAUUGUCUUGCUCUAUUAUGAAUAUUUGAAGGCAUUCUUGAAGACUUUAAAAAAAAAUUAAGUCUGUUGCUGUUUGUAGGGUGGGUUUGGGUUUGUUUGGGUUUUUUUGGUCAUAUAACUGCACUCUACAGCUUUUUUGUUCUUUUUUUUUUUUUUUUUAAAUCCCAAAUCUUUAUUAUUAUAGGAUUAGAUUAACAUCCUACUGUAAUGCAUUUGAGACUGACUUCUCCUUUUUCUAAUUUAAAAAAAAAGAGGCUAGGUUUCCAUAUCUACUUAGCUGUAAUCCUUCGGUGCGCACAUAAUUCUCCUUGACUUUGUUAGGUGGUUUUGGCACAUAAUGGUAGGUAAAAGAGAGAUCCCUGUCCUAUGUAAAGCUUUUGGUCUGGUCUAUACUAUGGGCCUAUAUUGGUAUAACUACAUUGCUCUAGGGUGUGAAAAAUCCAGGCCCCUGAGAGCUGUAGUUAUAUCAGCCUACCUCCCCGGUCCUUCUGUGGGAGGCAGAUUUACUGUGUUGAUGGAAGCUCUCUCCUGUUGGUUUCGGUGUCUUAUUAAAGCAUUACAGUGGCAUAGGUCCAUCAAUGCAGCAUUUUAAGUGUAAACUUGCCCAUAGUGAUUUUGUUAGUAUGUUUUUCCUCUUUUCAACAAUCUAAAACCUCAUGCAGAAAUCGGGGCCUUUCUAAACUGAAGAUUUCCUAACACGCAUAGAUAUCACCAUGAUAUACGAGAACUUAAGAACAAUAGGAGUGGGCCCUGCUUAGUGAAAGGUAUCACUGAUUGUAAACCGAACAUUUGACACUAAAUAUUGAAAAUCCGCUAAAUGAGUUGUAAUUUUAGUGAAUUACCUUGUGUAAUUCAUCUUGUAAAUUGGUGUGAAGGAUUAAAUUUAUUUUUAUCAGACAGGAAGCAUAAGGCUUUCUCCUCCGACCCCAGUAGACCAGCAAACCUUGAGUUUUAUGGAAGUGUGAAUGACUGCCAACAUUUGAGUUUUGAUGGAGGGGAAUUAAGAGACAGAGUGGAGUAGCCUGUUAUCCCAAAUGCCAUUCCGUCUUGAUAAAAGGGAGUUUUAACUUUUGUUACUAAACAAAAAAGCUUCUCAAGUGCCCUUCCAAAAUAGCCCUAUUCAUGUGGACUGUCAUUUAAGAUUUGCCACAUGUGGCUAGUGCAUUUUCCCCUCUUCUAAAAAUCAUUGUAAGUAGCAUUGAGAACAUGUUAGCCAUAGUCACUAGUUGUGAGUUCAAACUUAACAGUUCCAAUUUUCCAUAUUUCAAAUAUUCAAAACCAUGAGAUUAAAAAUAAAUUGAUGUGGGGGUUAUAUGCCCUCUGUUUCUGACUCUUUAGGGUGAAUUCAGUCCUGUUUUCAUGCUUCCCUCUCUAACCAUGAGAGCUAUUUUUUUUUUUUUU